UUGCGCUCUCAGUCCUGCCUACUGGCACGUAGGCAAGCGCGGCAAGAGGCUUGGGAAGCGCGGCUGGGACCGUCUACUUACUCAAUGGCCGCUUGGUGGGCGCCUGCUGUCCAGCUGGCCGAGACUCCGAACACCGCGGCUCUCUAGCCUCUCGGGACUCGCCUCCUUUCUGAGGCCCAACCGCAGCUACAGCAACCUCUCCAGGAACUGAGAAGCGACGGGGAGCUGACAGGGAAGCUGGGGAGGAGGACGAACCCUGGGCGGGGUGGCUGUUUGGACACGCCCCCGAACCCUCCCCGGCUCUUCCGCGCCUUGUUCCGGGAGGCGGAGAGGCCCGUACCCUGGAGGUGGAUAAGGACUUAGGGCCCCGCCCUUAACACUCAUCAUCCUCUCGGCACCGCCCCUCCUCCCGGGGGCCCCCGCCUCUGACCUGGGGUGCUCCGCCCACUCUGGUCUCUGGGCGUGCACGCGCACUUGCUGGCCUGUUUUGACAGCUUCAGGCCGCCUGGAAUGGGAGGGAGCAGGAGGUAUCGCGAGAGUUGGCCCCAAGCCUUGUGGGAACAGUAAUUAUGGCGAGCUUGGGGGUAGAGGCUGAGCAGGAGCCGCUCUUAGGCCACAGCAUACCCGGAAGCAGAGAAUGGGAUAUUAUAGAAACUGAGGAGCAUUAUAAGAGCCGAUGGAGAUCAAUUAGGAUUCUGUAUCUUACUAUGUUUCUUAGCAGUGUAGGAUUUUCUAUUGUGUUAAUGUCAAUAUGGCCAUAUCUCCAAAAGAUUGAUCAGACUGCCGAUGCAAGUUUUUUGGGCUGGGUUAUUGCUUCUUUUAGCCUUGGCCAAAUGGUAGCUUCACCUAUAUUUGGUUUGUGGUCUAACUAUCGACCAAGAAAAGAGCCUCUUACUGUUUCCAUUUUGAUUUCGGUGGCAGCCAACUGCCUCUAUGCAUAUGUCCAGGUUCCAGCUUCUCAUAAUAAAUACUACAUGUUGGUUGCUCGUGGAUUGGUGGGAUUUGGAGCAGGAAAUGUAGCUGUUAUUAGAUCGUAUAUUGCUGGUGCUACGUCUCUUCAGGAAAGAACAAGUUCCAUGGCAAACACAAGUGCAUGUCAAGCAUUAGGUUUUAUUCUAGGUCCAGUUUUUCAGACUUGUUUCGCACUCAUUGGAGAAAAGGGCGUGACAUGGGAUACCAUUAAGCUGCAGAUAAACAUGUACACAGCACCAGUUUUACUUGGCGCCUUCCUGGGAAUUUUAAAUAUUAUUCUGAUUCUUACUGUAUUAAGAGAACAUCGUGUGGAUGACUCAGGACGACAGUGUAAAAAUAUUAAUUUUGAAGAAGCAAGUACAGAUGAAGUUCAGGUCCCCCAAGGAAAUAUUGAUCAAGUUGCUGUUGUGGCCACCAAUGUUCUGUUUUUUGUGAUUCUGUUUAUCUUUGCCCUUUUUGAAACCAUUGUUACUCCAUUAACAAUGGAUAUGUAUGCCUGGACCAGAGAACAAGCUGUGUUAUAUGAUGGCAUAAUACUUGCUGCUCUUGGAGUUGAGGCAGUUAUUAUUUUCAUGGGGAUAAAAUUACUUUCCAAAAAGGUUGGCGAGCGUGCUAUUCUGCUGGGAGGACUCAUUGUUAUAUGGGUUGGCUUCUUUAUCUUGUUACCUUGGGGACAUCAGUUUCCCAAAAUACAGUGGGAAGAUUUACAUAAUAAUUCAAUCCCUAAUACCACAUUUGGAGAAAUAAUUAUUACUCUUUGGAAGAUUCCAAGAGAAGAUCACAAUGAAGGACCAACUGGUUGCCCAGUUGAACAAGCCUGGUGCCUCUACACCCCCAUGAUCCAUCUGGCCCAGUUCCUCACAUCAGCUGUGCUAAUUGGAAUAGGCUAUCCAUCCUGCAAUGUUAUGUCAUAUACAUUAUAUUCAAAAAUUCUGGGGCCAAAACCUCAGGGUAUGUACAUGGGCUGGUUAACAGCGUCUGGAAGUGCAGCACGGAUUCUUGGACCUGUCUUCAUCAGUCAAGUGUACGCUGCCUGGGGUCCACGAUGGGCUUUCAGCCUUGUGUGUGGAAUCGUGGUGCUCACCAUCACACUCCUGGGUGUGGUUUACAGAAGACUCAUUGCUUUUUCUGUAAGGCAUGGAAGGAUUCAAGAAUAACCUAGCUAAGACUGUGGUGGAAAGUACUUGCUGUGUGGAACUUUGUCUUUUAAGGCUCGCUAGAUGAUUGCUAAGAGUCAGUUUCCUAAAGUCAGGUUGUAGAUAUUGCAUAUGUUGAAUAACAAGAACAUUGAAUAAAAUAGGGAAUUCUGUGUGUAAUUAUGAAUAGCAAGAUAAUAUAAAAAUUCUGGAUCAUAGUUUCCUUAUCUCAAAAAAGAAAUAGUCUUCAUAUGACAUUUUUUGGGGGGUGGCAUAAAGUCAUGAGUGAAUAGACAGUGGUCUAUAAAUGUGAAGUUAUACUCUUAAGUCAAACUGCAGAGGCGUCAUUAAAAUAACGAGAAUAUGCAGUGAAAUCAUAAGGAGAGUUCUGUAUGAAUUACCUGUAAUAGAAUGAAAUUAUAGAAAUCUUUUACCUAAUAGAGGUACUUUUAUUCACAGCUAUCUCCUUUUUAUUAAAAAAUGCAUUUUCUGUUAUUAUAAAGUUUUCCUUAUGAAGUAAAAUCAUGACUUAAAUUUUAUACUUACCAUGCCUGCCAUCCUCCCUUAGCUUCUAUAAGUCAUGAUUUUUAAUACUACACUUUCCAUCUUAUUUUAGUUCAGGAUCUUACUAAUUAACCCCUAAGUUAAUGGAUGUGUAUGAAUAAUGCUCAUAUUUGAGCAAUAAAGAGGAUUAAGAGAUUAAGAUGGAUUUUGCUACCUGUAGUACAGAUAACUACUUUUUUCUUUCAAGUCCUAAUAAAUAAUUCACUUUAGAAACAUAAGCCAGAUAUGUGUUAUUGUAUACAUAUACUGAACAGCAAACUGUUAAAAUUAUUGGCAUUUUCUAAUUCCCUUAAAUUCUAGAGAAAAACUAUUACCUUAUUUAUUUUUUCUCUCUCAGUAGUGGUAGGGAAGACCCAACGGUUUUCAAUCUGUGUCUGCAUAGCUACUCAGAACUGCAGAAUUUUAAAUUUGGAUAAGCCCGACAGCCCCAAUAUAGGCAGGCUAAUAAAUCUGAGGUAAAAUAGCUGUAAUCUAACAGUUUACCGAGUUUACUAGAAAUUGGCUAAAUCACAUCAUGUACACUUUACUACCUCACAUAAGUUGAAUGCUGCUAAAAGGGACUAGUACAGAACUAUCUAUAUGGAUAAUCAGUAUUAUCAAAAAAUGCAAAAAUAUUUCUAAAUACUUUUCCAAAUGUUUCCUACUCUAAGUUAUAAAUAUUUCAAAUCUAAGAGUAAACACUAUAAUUUGCACUUUAUGUUGUUUGUUGUACCUUUUUUUGGGGGGGUGGCUUGAAUAACAAAAAUUUAUUUUUCAUAGUUCUGGAAGCUAGAAGGCUUGAGAUCAAGUUGUCAGCAGGGUUGGUUUUUUUCUGAGGCCUCUCCUUGGUUUGUAGAUGGUUAUCUUUUCCCUUUGUCAUUUGUUUUUUUCCAGCUUUAUCGACAUAUAAUUGACAUAUGACAUUGUAUACGUUUAAGGUGUACAACAUAUUGAUUUGAUACUUACGUAUUGCAAAAUGAUCACCACCAUAGCAUUAGGUAACACCUCCAUCAUAUCACAUAAUUACUGUUUCUUUUUUCGUGGUGCGAACAUUUAAGAUCUAUCUACUCUCUUAGCAACUUUUAAGUAUAUAAUACAGUGUUAUUAACUAUAAUCACCAUGCUGUACAAUAGAUCCCUAGAACUUAUUCAUCUUAUAACAGGAAGUUUAUACUCUUUGACCAACAUCUCCCCAUUUCCUUCACGGCCUAGCCACUGGCAACUGUCAUUCCACUCUCUGCCUCUAAUAGUUUGUCUCUUUUAGAUUCCACAUACAAGUCAUAUCAUAUAGUAUUUGUCCCUUUCUUUCUGACUUACUUCACUUAGCAUAAUGCCCUCAGGGUCCAUCCAUCUUGUCACAAAUGGCAGGGUCUCCUUUCUUAUGGCUGAAUAAUAUUCAUACACACACACUUACUUACAUUUUCCUUAUCCAUUCAUCUGUUGAUGGACAUCUAGGUUGUGCAUCGUAUCUUGGCUGUUGUGAAUAAUGCUGCAAUGAACAUGAGAGUGCAGAUAUCUCUUUGAGAUCCUGCCUUCAUCUUCUUUGGAUAUAUACCCAGAAGUGGAAUUCCUGGAUCACAUGGUAGUUCUUAAUUUUUUGAGGACCCUCUAUACUGUUUUCCAUGGUGGCUACACCAAUUUACAUUCCUAUCAACAGGACAUGAGGGUUCCCUUUCUCUACAUACUUGCAAACAGUUGUUAUUUGUAUCUUUUUGAUAGCCAUUUUAACAAGCGUGAGGUGAUAUAUUUCAUCGUGUACCUCUGUUUGACUUUAUUUUUAGGCAUUCUCCAUUUUGUGGCUUGUCUUGCCAAAAGGACCCAGGAAUCAAAUAAAGGGACUUAUACUAGCCAAAAAUGGGACAAUUAAAGCAUUGAGAAUAAUAUCUGCAGCCAAUUUAAACACAUCAAAUGUGUGAAAAUCUGUGAGUUCAUAAUGAUACUAAAAGUAAGAAACACACUGGUCACCUUUGGAGGUUGCUAGGGCUUUAACUCUUUACUCUAAAAACCAGGAAAUAAAGACUUAAGCUUCUCUUCUGCCUUUCCUGUAUCUAAACUUCAGGGUAAUAAAAUAUUGAUGAGGGAAAGUUAUCUCCUAUAGAAUAAUCCAAGCUAAUAAAUACAAGGGACUAAUAGAAUUAGAAAAACCCCCAUCUAGCAUCCUUUAGUGAAAUAAUAUUAUAGAUAUGGGCACCAUUCAUCAGUGAAUGAUAAAACUAGUGAGGUGGAAGAUUAUUGAGGAACUUUCGAAAGGCUGGAUGAAGCCAACACCUGAACGCACUGAUCACUCUUAACAUCAUUAAAAGUGGGUAAGCGUUACGUGCCUCCUGAUUUGAUGCAGCAAGUACUCAGCACCACCUAUGUAAGUGUUCCUGCCAAAAAACACUGAGUCAGAAUCUAAUCAAGCCUGUAGAUGUAAACUACCAGUUUAUAGGAAAUACGAAAGAUACAACUAAAAGCCACCUCUAGGAAGUAAUCAUCUAAGCCCAGAAGAUGAUAUAUUCUAUAGACAAAUGGUCCAGUUUCUUAAAAUUAAAAAAAAAAAUGCCGUGGAAAAAAUAAAAGUUGAGAGAUCAGCAGUCAUAGAUGAAAAGAAACUUCAGAUAUAUAAGUCAAAUGCAUUAUAUAGAUCUUAUUUUGGAUCUUGUUUUAAGUCAAAUGUAAAAGUAUUUUUGAGGUAACUGGAGAAAUUUGAAACUGGACUCACCAUUAAAUAUUAAGGAAUUACUGUAAAUUCUGAGAUGUGUGUUAUUGGUUAUGCUUUUAAAAGCUCCUUAUCUAUUAAAGGUACUAAAGAGUUUAUGAUAGAAAUUAUAUGAUUUCUGGGAUUUGCCUCAAAAUACUCCAGUGGGGGAAGGAUAUCAGUAAGAGAGAUGUAACAGGAUUGGCAAAAUAUUUGUUGAAGUUGGGUGGGAGACACAUGGAGGUUCCUUAUCCUGGUAUAUCUGUACUUCUGUUUUUAAAUUUCCACAAUUAAUUUAACGUAAGUUAAUAACAUAAUCAGCUGUGUAUUUUAGAAUGAGCUGGCUGCAGUGUGAAGUAUGAAUUGGAAUGGAUGUGGAGGACAUUUAUCAUGUAUGUGACCACUCUUCACUUCCUGCAGACCCUUCUACAUUUGGAGAAUUUCUCACAUUGAGCCUCUCCUUUUAGAUAGAAGCCAAAAUGCAUUCGUUCUCUCUACCUUUGCAGCCAGGCCAUGAGCUUGUGUUUCUGGCUCUGCCAGUACACUCCUCCAAUGUGAAACUUCGUUAAGGAACAGAGCAAAAAGAGGAAGUGAGCAACGUAAGCAAAACUUACUUUAGUGAGGGAGCAAGGUCAGUGGCUAAAUUCUCGAGAAAGCCGUCAGAGCUCCCAGAACCUAGUCCCCUAGCUUCAUCAGCAUGGCUGUGGGAUCUGUGCUGAGCAGCGUUGUUAGGAUGUCUUCUUCUGGGGAAGCUCCUACAUUAUGAUUCAGCCAUUGUUUUUAGCUGCAAAGCCUGAAUCUCUUUCCCUCCUCGAGCGUCUGUGAGCUGAUAUCCUUUAAUAAAUAUAUUCUCUGUGUAAACUAACUAGGUUAGAUUUUGAUGUUUGCAAGUAAAAACCCUGACUCGUAUAGGAGGCAAGAGUAGAUGUUUAGAGACGAGCAGCAGGCUAUUGCAGUAGUUCAGAUGAGUGAUGCUGGUGACUUGAAUUAGGGAACUGACAGUGGAAUUGGGAAUUUAAAGCAUGUAAAAUAUAUUUUAGAGGUAGACUUGGAUUAACUGGUGAUUAGAUGAGGUAAAAGAAGGUGUUAAGAAUGAGUUCCAGGAUUCUGACAUGAACAGCUAGUGAUGCAGAUGCCAUUUACUGGAAUAAAUACUGAGGAGAAACAGGAAAAGUGCAGUUGAACUAAUGUUGUCAUAGACAACAAAGGCAUGCCAGACAGAUAUGCCCAUAAAACAGAUAAAAACAGAAUGUAUUAUAAAAUGAGGUGAAAGAAAUUACGAAGUAAUGGAAAGAUUAAAAAAUAACAUCGUAAUUUGAAAAACUGAGAAAUGGGAAAAUUUCCCAAUGAACUAGAGAAGAUAAUAGGAAGGUAUGAAAAUAUUGCUGGCCGAGCUCAGGAAGGAAUACAAAACUUAAAAAAUAAUUUCAGACAUGAAGAACAAAUUAGAAGGAACACAAGAGUAAAUAAGAUGCCAUAGAUAACUUCUUAAGGGAAAUUAAAGAUGGAGGAAAAUUAACAAAUAAAGAGAAAAAAAUGAUGUGGAGAAAAUGAUGGAUAUAAAAAUUAGGCACAGGUGAUUUAACAUACAUAUAGCAGAAGUCCUUGAAGAAGAAAACCAAAAGCAAUGAAACAGAACAAAUUCUAAAAACUUUAAUUCAGGAAAAAUCUGCUGAAAGAAAAUUUAAAUAUGCAUAUGAAAAGGAAAUUCAACGUGAAAGAAGGGAGGAAAGGAAAAUAAAAGCAAAGAAGUAUGGUUAGUAGAAAACACAGAAUAAGAUGGGAAGUAAAUGCAAUAGAACUGUAAUGACAAACAGUGAAAAUAAAUCAGAAAUGAUAAUAAAUGUAAACAAAGUAGACUACAGAGCUUAUUACAUUGGACUGAAAAAAUUCAGCUGUAUAUUAUAUAUAAGAGAAAUACCUGAAACAUAGACACAUUAAGACUUAUUAAGGAGAUGAUAAAAAAAAUACACCUAAAUUCUGUCAAAGCAAAAUGUAUUUGAGUCUUUAGCUUUCAAAAUUAAGCUAGGACUUUAAUUAUUUCCAUUUUUAAGAGGAAAUUCUUUCUUCUAAUCAUAUUUUUAUCCCUAAGAGAAGGGUUUACAUAAUUUUCCUCCCCAAAGUUGGAUUACCUAUGUAUUAAAAUAAUUCUAAUAGAUAUUACCAAAUUGCUUUAUCAUUUACACCGUAAUCAACAACACCUGAGAAAGCCCUGCUCAUUGUACCACUAUUAUUUUUUUUUACGAAUCUUUCAUAAAAGGAAAUGAUUUUUGUUUUAAUCUUGUAUUUCUCCAACUACAGAUGUGGUUGAGUAUAUUAUAUGGAUUUUGAUUCAUUAUAUGGAUUUUCUCCUUUGUGAAUUAUCUGUUCAUAUCUUUUGCCUAUUUUUUUAUUGGGUUGUCUUUUCCUUAUUAACUGUGCAACUUAUCUUACAAAUUAUUAUUUUUCUUCUCAUUGCCAUAGGUAACAACCUCCAAAACAAUGCUGAAUAAUUGUGACAUUGGGUAUUCCUGACUAUUUAAUGGAAUUGGCUCCAAUAUUUCUCUGAUUAUAAAAAUCAGCAGGAAGCAUUAACAGUCUUUAUAUUUAAGUAGUUUCAUUCUAUUCCUAUUUUACCUUGAGUAUUUCAUUAAGAAUUGCUGUCCCACUAUCAAAUAUUCUUUUUCCUCAUGUUAGUUAAUUGCAUUGUUGAGGUCUUCAGUGUUAAAAUGUUUAUCAUUAAAAUAUACAGAUAUUUUCAGAUAAA